AUGGCAACAUCGGCUUCGACUACCCUUACGCCUCCCACUAGCUCGCAUGGCAAUGGCUACUCGUGGGAUUCCUCAACCCAGCACCCUGAGUUUGAGCAGGCCUCUUCGUUUUCGCAAAAUGGGCUGCCCAAACCGCAGUCAUCGCAGCAUGGCAAUGUUUUGGCACACGCUUCACCAAAUAUACAUUCUGACCAGUUUGCCUACGAGAAGAGCGCCACAACCGGCGAGGUCUCAACAUCGACACUGAAAGCAGCCGAUUCCGGUUUGUAUUCUUACGGGCAGGAAAAUGUGAGGCAGGGUCGACCACGAGACGCGAGCAAUUAUCUGACUGAGAGUGCAUUGGAUGUACAUGAGCUCAGCCGGACUGGCACUUCAAACGACUCAAACAAAAGGGCUGCUGGUGAGGCACGUGUGAGCGAAUUGGAUGAUAUUAGCUCAAAGUGGAUUCAUCGCGAUAAAUUGGCUCGAAUCGAGAACGAGGAACUGCAGGCUGCCGGUAUAAUUUUGCCGAAACCUCGAGGCCGGAGUAAACCUCGAAGGGACACCAGCCAGGACAAGACAGCCAGCCACAGGAGGGCCUUGCCGGAAGGCGAUACAACAAUGGAACCGAGAUCACAGAAGAACUCAACUGGCAUCUUGGAUGGCAAGUCCAUAGACACGCCUAUUUCCCCUUGGGACCUUCGAUUGCCAGACGAAAUUGCGGAGGAAUCAUAUUUUUCCUCUGUUCAAAAUGGCCGAGGCUCUUCGCGGAUACCCGUUGCGAAACUAAGUCCAGCGCCGAUAGCAUUGGAGCACAUAGAACGGGACACACCCAUGCCACGGCGGCGUGACGGUAGCCCGGCGACCGAAGAGAGCAUUGCGUACUCAAAAGUGCGAGCUCGCAGCGCUAGUAUGCGACAAGACGAUGACGGUAUGGGACUGGUUCCCACGUCCCCCUUUAGGAACAUGACACGGUCUACGUCUGAUUUGUCACCUAAAAAGAUAUCCUCCGGUGGCAGCGCUUCCACGGCCGGGCUGCGGAAAUCAUCGGCGCCUGCCAAAAACAUGCCACCGGCAGGGCGCCCAAAGACUCGUAAUGGAGCUAGCAAGGAUUCCAAUAUGAGCAGUACCGGAGCAACUCGACCUUCGACACGUUCAGGUGACCGAGAGCUGUCUCGUGAGAUCUCGGCCGGUGCUGCAAGCCGGCAGCCAGAAGGUGACCCGCCAUGGAUGAUCUCUGCUUACCGCCCCGAUCCAAGACUACCUCCGGAUCAACAGUUACUCCCUACAGUGGCGCGUCGCUUACAGCAAGAAAAGUGGGAGCGAGAGGGGAAAUUUGGCACUGUGUACGACAAAGAAUUCCGCCCUUUAACAGACGAAGGCUUCCUCACCCCCCCAGAGACAACCGAGAAAGUAGUAGAGCCAGCGAGAAUUGGUGGUGACGUCUCAGGGAAACCCGACGAAUGGCCAUUAAAACCCGAGGCGAAGAGCUCCUCGUUGCAUCAGGGACGGGCGGGAUCUUAUUCGACCAUUCCCAAAAUCCAAGAUAAGCUGAACAUGGGCCCGCUGCCGAGUCCCAGGAGCGCCCUUCCUAAUCAAGCUGAAUCUGACGCUACGCCGCCGUUAUCUGGUCAUAAUGGGGUAGACGGUGAAGCGAAACAAGGAUGCGGUUGCUGCAUUGUCAUGUGA